AUGAAAGAAACAAGAUCACAAAGGUUAUCGCUAAUGUCCGCCGCUCUCAUAUUGACGUUAAGCUUCUUCUCGACGGACGCUUUUCUCACUGGUGGUCUUCAAUCGUCUGCUAUCCGACAUUCACGACUCGAUCGCAGCGCGUUCUAUUCUCCAACGUCUCUCAAUAUUUGGUGGUUCGGAGGCGCCGAGUCGGAACAGACAGCACAAGGCGAUGACUCGUGCGAAUUAGUGCCCGUCCGUAUCGAACGAACGAGCGGCAAUUCUCGCAAAAUUUACGGCGAGAUCGUGGCACCAGUCCCACUGAAAGAUGUCUGGGCGAUUCUUACCGAUUACGAUCGAUUGUCAACACAUGUUCCCAACUUGGUAGAAUCUCGGAUUGUUAGACCUUUGUCGGGAGGGGAAAUGGGGGAUGGCAACUUUCAGUGCCGUCUCUUUCAAAAAGGUGCCCAGAAGAUUGUCGGUUUCGAAUUUGGAGCCGACUUGACGAUGGAAAUGAAAGAAAGCAUCAAGCCAGCACCAACAAUUCUCCCUUCGAAGCCCGAUGCUACCCGGCAAGAUGCCAACGGGGCUUCUUAUCCCGGAAACGAAAGACGAAUCCAAUUCAAAUGCUGUGAAUCCUUCUUUUUCAAAGAAUUCGAUGGCGAGUGGAAAGUAACGGAACGGACGGGUGAGACUGGACUAAUGGAGACAGUUCUAUCAUACACGGUCGAUGUACGACCUAACGGACCGGUACCUGUGGCUGCUUUGGAAUGGAGGAUUCGAGAAGACGUGCCGACCAAUCUGCGUGCCGUCAAGCUAGCCGCCAUGACGGUCGGCUACAAGGGCGUACAAGCCAGUCGCCAACAAGGCAUGCAACCGGCAUCUUUUGGGAAGAGUUACCGACGAAACGGUGCUCGACCAGGCUUGAUUGCAGAUCUGCGUGUGCAAUGGGAGCCGGAAGAGACUAUGGCAGCUUACCUGAAAGAAUAA